AUGGAAGAGUAUCCAAACAAACCACCCACAGUCAGAUUCGUCUCUAAGAUGUUUCAUCCAAAUAUGUAUGCUGAUGGCAGUAUAUGUCUCGAUAUUCUUCAGAAUCGCUGGAGUCCAACCUAUGAUAUAUCAUCAAUUCUCACCUCUGUCCAGUCUUUGCUGGACAAACCAAAUCCCAACAGUCCUGCAAACAGCCAAGCGGCACAGCUGUACCAGGAAAACAAAGAGUCUCGGCCAAGAGAGUCUCGGUACGAGAAGAGAGUCUCGGCCAUCAUCAAGCAGAACUGGAGGGACAGCUGA